AUUGUGCUAUAGCUGCUGUGGCUUACUGAGGACAUUUUUCUGUCAGCACAAACGUCAAAAAACACAUUUCUCGGCUAUUCCAGCAGAGGAACUUCCAUUCAAAGCAAUGAGAAGAGCAAAGCAUGUUACGUAAGCUGUGCUGUGUGAUUCUACUCAUCAUCCAGAGGGAUACAGAAAGUACACGUGUCAUUGGUGAAUGCAGGACUGUGGUACAGGGGGAGGAUGUGGACUUAUCCUGCAGACUGAUAGAGACAACCGAGGACCUCGAACAGAUAACAUGGCAGAAAAGUACUGCGGAAGAAACACAGAACCAUAAUUUUAUGCUGAUUUAUCCCAAUGGGGUUACUAAGUUUAUUGCACCGAAUGGAUUGGCAGAUAGAGUCCAGUUUAUUGGGAACCCAUCAGAGAACCUUGGAUCUAUUCGAAUAACAGCUGUCAGACUGUUGGAUGAAGGCACCUUCACAUGCAUCUUCAGUGUUUUCCCCAGUGGAGCAUACAAUACAGAGAUACUUCUGACUGUGCUAGUUCCUCCAGUGGUGAGUGUGACAGUUGAUGUUCCUCCUGUCAUUGGGGAGAAUGAGGUUAUCUUGGCAAUCUGUGUGGCUGCUGGUGCUAAGCCACAGGCAGAUGUAAAGUGGAAGACCGGUACAUUUGGCAGUUUGUUGAAGACAGUGACCAACUCCACCCAGCACGCCAACGGCACAACCACAGUCCUCAGCCACCUGCUUGGGGUGCCAACCAGAGCAGCCAAUCAGCAGCAGGUCCAGUGUGUGGUCAACCAGUCUGCCCUGGCAACAGAAAGGAGCUACAACUACAACUUAGACAUCCACUAUCCAUCUCAGACAGUGAACGUUACACUUAGUGAGACCUCUAAAGCCACAGUCUUACUAUGUGUAGCAGAUGGUAACCCACAACCCAACUACACCUGGAGCAGAGUGGCCCAGCCAUGGCCUGGGUCUUCAGUGAGAGCAGAAGGAGACACACUGCACCUCCUCAGUCUCAGCUCUGAGCUGAAUGGUCUCUAUGUCUGUGAGGCCUCCAACCCCUACGGACGAGCAACUGGCUCCCUCUAUGUCCACACAUCCUCUGAGACCUCUGCUGUCUGUUGGGUUCUACUUUUUGCCAUUCCGUGUCUGAUUGUUGCUGCUGCACUUGUAUGGUACCUGUGCAAAAACAGACAAUUUACUUGGAAUACAAUCAUUGCCAAUCACCAGUUCCAGGCACCACCACAGAAAUCACCGGACAGGCUGAUAGCGGAUGCCAGAAGGAUCUCAGACAUGCACUGGGUGUGGGAAGAUUUCCAGUCUGCACAUUCUCCAACCAUCUAAUGAACAGAGACCCUAUUCAGUAUUCACUGUGACAUUAGAAACCUGGGCUCGGCCACUCCUCCACCACAGCUUUACACAGUGCUGGCCCUCGUUUCAGUUUUUUUAUCACCUCUCCUGGACUCCGCCUUGCCGUGGUGGAGGGGCGUUGUUACUUCAGCGGGAACAACAACUCUCCUGUAUGUAUGUAUGUAGUAUGUUGAAGCCAACUAAAGGGAGGCCAAGUAUAAUCUAAAUAACAUGUACAAAUGGAGAAUCUUGUCAGUAAUGACUAGCCAAACCCUGGCUGGUGGUGGUACUCUUUAGAACAGGAGUACAGCCUACCUGGCUGGCAUGAAAAUAAACCACAGAAAAAGCGUCCCCCAUUUGCUAUUAAGCGCAUAGAUAACAUGUUAUUUUUCCCCCUGCCCGUUUCAAGACAGGUGCAUGAUAAUGGUCCAUUCUAAAUCAAAACAAGUUUCAUGAUUGGGGAAGAUCAUUUUCACCCUAAAAAUGCUCAUCUUUAUAAUAAAAGCAACACAUGCAUAAUCGCAUUUGCUGUUGAUAAUAGUGUUUCCCGCUAAUUGAACAUCAGCGUUUAUAGCCUACUGCCGUGUAUACAUUGCGUCGCUCAUAAUGUAAAGAAAUAGCCUAAUAGUUUAUCAACAUUUUAAGUUAAACAUUCUGAUCUGUUGCCUUAGCCUCAUUGCGUAAACAAAUUUUAUUUUAUGCUAGUGGUUGUAUUAUCGCAUCCCACAACUGUUCCAGACUAAGUUUGGACUAUUUAUAUCUCACGCAGACAAAAAUAGGUCAACUUUUGUACUAUGGGGAUAGUAUAUUGACAUAGGCUGGUGUUUUUGCUGUUCGUUAGGCAUACUCAUCUUGUUGGCUGACAAAAAAAGU